UACAACCACCAAAAAAACACAUCUACGGUCUACACACCUCCACAAAAUGAAGCUACCCUACUCAUAGAUUCUCGAGGACGUGGUGAGGAGAAGCGUUCCCAUGCUGCAUUAGUGGAAGAGUGACAUGCUGGCCUGUCUGCCAGCAUCAGGUGACCCUACCAUCCGACUUCUCUCCCGCUCGCAGAUGAACACUGGACUUCAGAAAUGGGAAACUACACAGAAGAUGAGAUCUGUCAGCUAUCCGACCCCAGCAGAGUUGGAUGCCUAUGCUAAGAAAGUCGCCAACAACCCUCUGACCAUCCAGAUCUUCCCCAACAGUGUCAAAGUACCUCAAAGGAAGCACAUCCGCCGCACAGUGAACGGGCUCGACACGUCGUCGUCCAGCCAGCGCCACAGUCCCUACCCGUCUCAGGUCAGCGCCAGCGGCGGCCUGCUGGCCGUCCUCCGCGCGCCCGCUAAAGGCGUCAUCAAAGAGUCCGACGGCAGCCGCGUCCGACAGCUUCACAAAGCCGUCAUGAAUCCUCACAGUGGACCGUACGCCACUCAAAGCACUUUAAACCUUCCUCAGCCUGCUCCUCACCUCCAGGGCCCGUCGCAGCCGGUGGCCCCGGCCGCCCAGAAGCAAGGCAUGGUUCACCCGCAGGCGCUGCAGCAACAGCAGCAAAGCAUGACUCACUCUAUGACUUUACAGCAGCCUCAAACGCUGCCCAACCCGCAGGCGCUACAGCAGAGAACCAUGGCUCACUCACAAGCUCUCCAGCGGCAGCAGAGCUUGUCCCAGGUUCAGACUUCACAGCAGCAGAGACUGGCUCACCCGCAGGCCGUUCAGAGGCAGCAGAGUCUGCCGCACGCGCAGGCGCUGCAGCAGCAGCAGAGCCAGUCCUGUCCGUCAGUCAUACCGCAGCAGCAUCUUUCUCACCUGCAGACAUUAAAGCAUCAGACGGCUCCUCCGCAAGCUUUACUCACACAGCCGGGUGUGACUCAGGAUCUGCGCCACUUGUCUGAUGGAGCUCAGCUUCCGAGCCUGCAGCACGCUCAGGGGCUGGUCGGCUCGCAGCCCCCUCCGCAGGCCGUGGGCGCAGGACCUCCGACCAUGCCUAACAGCCUCCAGCAGCCUCCGCCCGGGGCGUACGGACCCCGGAAGCUGCCCGACGCAGACGCCCCACCAAAUGUAACUGUAUCUACCUCCACCAUCCCACUGUCCAUGGCAGCCAGCCUGCACCAGAACCGGCCGAGCGACCUGAGCAGCAUCGUGCACCAAAUCAACCAGUUGUGCCAGGCGCGGGCCGGCAUGGGCACCACCUCAGUCUGUGAGGGCCAGAUCGCAAACCCCAGCCCCAUCAGCCGCAACCUGCUGAUCAACGCCAGCUCAAGAGUAUCAUCUCACCACCUGGGUCUGGGCUCCGUGCCCAGCUGCCUCAUCGUGGGACCCCCAGACAAAGCUUCAGCUCAGACUCCCAACGCUGCUCACCAUUCACAGCCCAACAUAGCUGCUACUAACAGUAUGCCCGCCUUUCACACAGACCAAGAGAAGGUACAACUGCAGCAGCAGCAGCAGCAGCAGCUUCAGCACCAUCUACAUCAGCAGAAACAGCAGCAGCAUCAGUUGCAGCAGCAGCAGCAACAUUUACAGCAGAUCCAGCAGCUGCAGCAGCAGCAGCGCUCCUGGGCCCAACAUCAACUGGCUCACAUGCAGCAGCCACCCGAGGGGGCCCAUCCCUGCAAGAACCCAAGGAUGGAGCCUCCCACCGAGUGCGCUUUCCCCUCUAGAAACCUCAACUACCCCCACAAGCUACCCAACACCGCACAGUCCUUCCCUCUGAAACACCCAGCAGAAAAGCCACGACCAUCGUCCCCCGUUAACUGCCCCGUAGGUUCUAUGCCUUACAUUAACGGCCACUACAUGCAGCCACCGUGGGGCAGCAUCCCAUCCACAGCAGGUAACAAUGGAUCCGGCCCUCAGGACAUCCCAGUGGCCUUCCAGGGAGGGCAGGCUGCUGCCUCCUCAGACCGCAUCCCAGGGGCAAAGUACAGACCGGGGAAAGAGGGUCACACUGGUCAGUCCAAGCUGUUGCCCAAUGUGGAUUUCCUGGGAGCGGACUUCCAGAUGCCCGGCUUUCAGGAGCAGAACAUGGAUGUGAUGGAGAAGAUGCACAGGUCCGCCAUGGGCCAGGUUCAGGAGCCCAGUAAUAGCGGAGGUGUCCACACUCAUCACCCGGGUUACCGAUGAAAGCGUGAGCUCGUCCCCUCUGCUCGGUGUGUUUUUGGGUUGUUUUGGUUCUUUUUUUUUUUUUCUUUCAACAACUCCUUUCUUUCAGCUUCUACGGUUUCAUUCUUUAAAGAUCUUGCAAGUGAUCAAUUAGGUUUUCCUGCUUGAGAGAGCUUGAUUUGUUCGACCCGCCAGGUUGUGAUGUUCUUUCAAAGUAUUCCUCAGGUCUUAAGCCAUGUCGUACCUUUUUUUUUUUUUGUUGCAGAUGAAGGUUGUUGUUCCACUGUUGAGUCGAGUUCCUCUUCUUUUUUUUUUGUUUUCCUCUCAUCACUGGCAUGGACGUGCUGCUCUUUGUUCGUGUAUAUACAGUGUUUCUAUAAUAGCUGAGAAUACUCUUGCCAUAAGAUUGUCACAGUGCUAUUUCCCAGGUUGACAUGGAACAACUGUUUUAUGUUUUAGUUUUAUUUGGGUUUUUAAUUUUUAGCAUUUGUGGCCUUACAACUGCCCCCAAAAGGCAAGAUUAAGGAUGUCCUCGUUGUGUGAUGUUUAUAUAUAUUUGCAAUUAUUUAUCCUCUUAAACAGGUUUUGUGAUCCAUUUAAAGAUGAGAAGGUUACGUGUAUAUGCAAAUAACAAGACUGUUCGUUGAUAAGGUGUUUCUAUUAUUUUGUCCCAGUAGUUGUACACUUGUUAACAGGCCUGAGUGAAAAGGUCU